AUGCAAAUCCCCGAGAGCGCCGAUGGCGUCUACUUCAAGAGCGGAGACAGGCUUCUGUACCGUCCUAUCCUGACCGGUGCCAAUGCGAAGAAGACGUUCGAUUCCAUCCCAACGAUCGAUGUGGCCGACAUAUUCUCUCCCGACCUCGAAGUGCGCAGAAGGAUUGCGAAACAAAUCGGCCAAGCUGCAGAAGAAGUAGGAUUCAUGUACCUGGUCAAUCCACCGGUGAAGCCAGAGAAGAUGGACGAAGCCUUUGACGCCUUGAAAUCCUUCUUUGCGCUCCCCGACGAAGUCAAGAUGAAAUACCACGUCAACAACAGCCCGGCGGCCAAAGGCUUCACUCCUUGUAACCCGAGCGACAAGAGGCCAGGCUUUGCGGGAGCUCGAGAAACCUUUGGCAUGGGCAACGACUACACCGAUCCAGAGCAACAUGCCAUCAAGACUGCGCCUCCCGGCACGGUGCCGUUGAACCAGUGGCCGGAUGAAGAAUUGCCGGAGUUUCGCAAGAAACUGUACAGUUACUUCCAAGACGUCUACAUCUUUUCCAAGGCUUUGGUUCGCAUAUUUUCGCUCGCACUGGACCUGGAGGAGACUGCUCUAGAUGAGUUCUUCGAGACGCCUUUUACCGACAUCACUGUCCAGCACUACCUUCCACAGCCUGAGGAAACCGAGUCCAAACAAGUCCUCCUUCCUCACGCUGAUUACGGCGCUUUUACGCUGCUCGCCCAACGUGAGGUUGGUGGCUUACAAGUCCUCAAUGCUAACGCAACCUGGGUGCCCGUUCCAGUCAAGGAGUACGCCUUUGUCGUCAACACCGGCAGCUACCUCGAGUUGAUGUCGGGUGGACGCUUCCGCUCCACUGUCCAUCGUGUUUGCGCCAAGGACAAUACGGAAAGGACAUCGCUUCCUUUCUUCUUCUCGCCUAGUCCCACCGCCACUAUUCGUCCUAUGGUUUCUAUCCAGUCGGAAGACACGAAAGACAAGCAGAGACAGAUCGGCAAGGAGCAUAUGCGAGGCAUGAUGUCCGAGAGGGCAGACCAUCCGUUCGUGAAGAAGCUGAAGGCGCUAGGGUUGGGACCGGAGGAAUAUACCUACGAUAUGAUUUCGCAGCCUUUGGCGUAG